CGCAUGCGCAUGGGGGCGCGCCGCCUCUGCCCCGCGGCGAGGGUGUCUAUGGAGAGGCGGCGGCCGCGGCUGCGGAGGCAGAGGCUGAGGCAGUGGCGAUGGCGCCGUUCCCUGACGAGGUGGACGUCUUUACCGCCCCGCACUGGCGGAUGAAGCAGCUCGUGGGGCUCUACUGCGACAAGCUUUCUAAAACCAACUUUUCCAACAACAACGAUUUCCGUGCUCUUCUGCAGUCUUUGUAUGCUACUUUCAAGGAGUUCAAAAUGCAUGAGCAGAUUGAAAAUGAAUACAUUAUUGGUUUGCUUCAACAGCGCAGUCAGACCAUUUAUAAUGUACAUUCUGACAAUAAGCUCUCUGAGAUGCUUAGUCUCUUUGAAAAGGGACUGAAGAAUGUUAAGAAUGAAUAUGAGCAAUUAAAUUAUGCAAAACAGCUGAAAGAGAGAUUGGAGGCUUUUACAAGAGAUUUUCUUCCUCACAUGAAAGAGGAAGAAGAGGUUUUCCAGCCCAUGUUAAUGGAAUAUUUUACUUAUGAAGAACUUAAGGAUAUUAAAAAGAAAGUGAUUGCACAACACUGCUCUCAGAAGGAUACUGCAGAACUCCUUAGAGGACUUAGUCUAUGGAAUCAAGCUGAAGAACGACAGAAGUUUUUUAAAUAUUCUGUGGAUGAAAAGUCAGAUAAAGAAGCAGAAGUAUCAGAACACUCCACAGGUAUAACCCAUCUUCCUCCUGAGGUAAUGCUGUCAAUUUUCAGUUAUCUUAAUCCUCAGGAACUAUGUCGAUGCAGUCAAGUAAGCACGAAAUGGUCUCAGCUGGCAAAAACCGGAUCACUUUGGAAACAUCUUUACCCUGUUCAUUGGGCAAGAGGUGAUUGGUAUAGUGGUCCUGCAACUGAACUUGAAACUGAACCUGAUGAGGAAUGGGUGAAAAAUAGGAAAGAUGAAAGUCGUGCUUUUCAAGAGUGGGAUGAAGAUGCUGACAUUGAUGAAUCUGAAGAGGCUGCAGAGGAAUCGAUUGCUAUCAGCAUUGCACAGAUGGAAAAACGUUUACUUCAUGGCUUAAUCCAUAAUGUGCUACCAUAUGUUGGUACUUCUGUAAAAACGUUAGUAUUAGCAUACAGUUCUGCAGUUUCCAGCAAAAUGGUAAGGCAGAUUUUAGAGCUUUGUCCUAACCUGGAGCAUCUGGAUCUUACCCAGACUGACAUUUCAGAUUCUGCUUUUGACAGUUGGUCUUGGCUUGGUUGCUGCCAGAGUCUCCGGCAUCUUGAUUUGUCUGGAUGUGAAAAAAUCACAGAUGUGGCUCUGGAGAAGAUUUCCAGGGCUCUUGGAAUUCUGACAUCUCAUCAGAGUGGCUUUUUGAAAACUUCCACGAGGAAAAUUACUUCGACUACAUGGAAAAAUAAAGACAUUGCCAUGCAGUCCACCAGGCGGUAUGCCCGUUUGCACAGUUUAACCAGUGAAGGCAUUGGAGAAGAAAUAAAUAAUGAACACACCUGGACUAAGUCUGUUUCUCCUGAAAAUUUUACUUCUCCAUAUGUGUGGAUGUUAGAUGCUGAAGAUUUGGCUGAUAUUGAAGAUGCUGUAGAGUGGAGACAUAGAAAUGUUGAGAAUCUUUGUGUAAUGGAGACAGCACCCAACUUCAGUUGUUCGACCUCUGGUUGUUAUAAUAAGGAUAUCGUUGGACUAAGGACUAGUGUCUGUUGGCAGCAGCAUUGUGCUUCACCAGCCUUUGUGUAUUGUGGUCAUUCAUUUUGUUGUACAGCAACAGCUCUAAGAACUAUGUCAGCACUCCCAGGGUCUUCUGCAGUGUGUAGAAAAGCAUCAAGGACUACAUUGCCCAAGGGAAAAGACUUAAUUUACUUUGGGAGUGAAAAAUCUGAUCAAGAGACUGGACGUGUACUUUUGUUUCUCAGUCUGUCUGGAUGUUAUCAAAUUACAGAUCAUGGUCUCAGGGUUUUGACUCUGGGAGGAGGGCUGCCUUAUUUGGAGCACCUUAAUCUCUCUGGUUGUCUUACUGUAACUGGUGCAGGCCUGCAGGAUUUGGUUUCAGCAUGCCCUUCUCUAAAUGAUGAAUAUUUUUAUUACUGUGACAACAUUAACGAUUUAGUACUUUAAAUUUGAUAAAAUAGCCAUGCAUUCAUUGAUUAGUAUCUUGAAAGGUCCUCACGCUGAUACCGCCAGUGGAUGCCAGAAUUUGCAGUGUGGUUUUCGAGCCUGCUGCCGCUCUGGCGAAUGACCCUUGACUCCUGACCUUUGUCUACUUCAUUUAGCUGAGCAGGCUUCCUUUCAUGCACUUUACUUACAGCACAUUUCCUGUGUUAACCAUCCCUUUUAAGUGUGACUUGUUUUGGCCCUGUUCCUACAAUCUCAGAAAUCUUAAUUACUAGUGAAUUGUACAGUGUUGUUUCUCUUACAAAUUACGUUUUUGUUUCAGAAAAGGAUUAGAUGUUUUCAUAAGGGUUAGAACAAUUGUAUCAGAUUUCUUUUAAAUGAAAUACUUUCAAAAGAAUGUUGCUAAUACCAUGCCAGUUAAAGUAUUUUUAAGGUUAUUUUGAAUUUUAAACUUAAAGGGAGUUAUUGGUUCUUGUUAUGUAUAAGCACUGUACAUCAAGCUUUGCAGAUUUUUUCCAAGACUUAAAUUUCUGAAGUUUUAUUUUCAAAGAUUGUACAUUUGGGAGACUAAUCUCUUUUCCAUAACAUUUCCUUUAUUUGGACAAUUUUCAGAGGGCCAAUUCAAACAUACACAUAAGAGAUUCUGUUUAUAUUAUCAGUAAAUUGGCUUCUUGGUGAUAGCUCAAUGAGCUAACAUAGCAUCAAUCUGUUCUAUUUGCUUUCUUCAAAACCCCUGGUUCCCAUCACUGUUCCUAAAUUGUCAAAUUUGAGGGGGAUUUUUAAAAAUCCUACAAUCAUUUGAAGAAAUGUAUAAAUAAAACUUACUUUGAAAACUUUA